AUGGAGCCGGCCUCCUCGUCCGAGCCUCCUCCUCUGGCGGAGGCGGCGGCGAGGCGGAGGCUGCCGGAGGAGCUGAAGCUGCGGCGGAGGACGCUGGAGUCGGUGCUGGAGCAGUGCCAGCGCGCGCUGGAGAUGAUGCACGAGGCCGAUCUGGGGGAGGCUGCGGAGGGGGCAAGCUUCAAGGAGGUGGAGGUGGAGGAGGAGGGGGGCGGCGACGGCGGCGGGGACGAGGACGAGGGGGCGCCGCCGCCACCUCCCUCGGAGACCGACUACGAGGCGGACGAGCUGUGUGAUCUUCUGAAAUCAAGGGUUCAAUCACCUGAAUUUCUUGAGAAGCUAGAUACCCUUCAGAAGUCAGUAUAUCAACAUGGUGCAGUGGAUGAAACGGUAUCAUGGGAUAUUAUAAGUGCUGCAGAUAUAUGGGAUGAUAAGAGUAUGAAUGUUAGUGAUGAUUCAGAGGACGGAUAUGUUCUUGUUAAGCAAGAGGACAUAGUUGAUGGUAUUGCAUGCUUCAUGGCUGCAUACUUGCUUUCACUGAAACAAACUAAGGACCUGACACCCAAUCAACUUCAACAAGCUCUUAGCAAGACAUUUUCAACUAAAAAGAGGAAAAGCAAGCUGCAGAAGGCAUGGGAUGGAACGAAAGUUGUUUACAAUAUGGCAUCAUGGAGCGCGACGGCCAUUGGUAUCUACCAGAAUCCUGCGAUUGUACAAGCAGCAACUGCAGCCUUUUGGACAUCCUGUCGUGUAAUAUCAAAGUUUCUGUGA